GGCCUCGUGUAACAUGUUACUCACUGUUACACCGAAUUGAAUCAGAAGUCAUUUUCUGGACGGUUGCAUCAGUUGUUUACAGCCGAUUUUCCGUCAGGCACCGAUGGUUUGUUGCAUCAUUGCCAAUCGGGUGAGGGCUCAGCGUUUGCUCACACUGGAACUAGGGGCAGAGUGGAGGCCACGUCAGGAAAUUGCUGCAGUCUCCUACAGAACAGAUCUCUGUUCCUCCUGCCGGUCUCCUCUGAGGACUUCACUGUGAUCAGGCCGUCAUGGAGGUUCCAUACCCCAACUCCUCUUUGCUCUACGUCUCUCUCAGACCCUAUAACCACAGCGGUGGGGAGGAGACAGUGUACGAGCAAUGCAAAGACAUGCCCGCCGCCAUCAUUUGGUACCUGGGCCUGCAGUUCAUUAACAUGUUCCUGGGCAUCCCGACCAACCUCACGGUGCUGUGGCUCAUCCACAAGAACAAGGGCGACUCCUCCACCUCGGACAUCUUCAUCCUUCACCUGGCAAUUCUAGAUGUGCUCUUCUGCCUCACCCCUCCUCUGGAGCUGGCCAACAUAGUCUUCAUCACCACCAGCAGCACCUGGUACGUCCUGCGGUUCUUCUACGGCAUGAAGGACUCCUCGCCGCUCUUCCUCUCCUGCAUCUGCCUGGACCGCUACAUGGCUGUGGUCCACCCCAUCACCUUCACCGAGCUCAAGGACCGCCAGCACAGAGCGGUCCUGGCCAUGCUGGUCUGGCUGUUCAUCCUGGGCUACGCUGCCGCCAAGUGCGUGGGCAACAUCCCCAACUUUGAGAAGGUCUUCACGGCGAUGAUCCUCGCCGCGUUCGCCUUCAUGGUCUACUGCAACAUUGCCAUUCUCUGGGUGCUGCGGCAGUCUGGGCCCGGCAGAGACGAGAUGCACCCAGUGAAGAAGAGGGCCUUCAAAAUGGUCCUCAUCAUCCAGGCCAUCAUAGUGUUCAACUACUUCCCACCUGUGGCGCUGUUCCCCUUCCAGGACUACUUCUCUGCCGACGUGUUCCGCUGCUACAUCCACUACGUGGCCUUCGGCCUGAUGGACUUCAGCAGCACCAUUCAGCCCAUGCUCUACCUCUCCAAGGAAAAGAUGCCACGGAGCCUCAACUGUUGUCUCACCAGCACGACUCACAACCUACAAGUCUAAAGGCGCGGCUUCUUCCUCUAUGCCACCCGAGUGUCGUGAUGUGCAAGAUGAAUGCACCGAUAUGGGGAAAUGCAAGAUAAUAGAUUUUGAGUUCUUCAAUUACGAAACCUUUGAAUGUGUUCGUUUUUCCGAUAUCUAUUUUUUUACUUUCUGAAACUUUCAUCACUUCAGCUAGAGACGUCAUUUCAACUUAAAACUGAUCACAAGAAAGAUUUUUUUAUUUGGAUUCAGCUUUUUUAUAGCUUGUAACCUUUUGAAUUGUUGCCGUUUGUUUUUUCAUGCUUUCAGUCGGACUGAGUUUAUAAUAUACAAUAUGCCUACUCACAUAUCUACUAUUACUGGCAAUAACUCCUGCGUCAUUGCUGCACCCUUCAUCUCUAUCAGACAUUGUCUUAUGUGUUAAUACUUUAUACACUGACACCCCUUUCCAUGAUGUUAGAAACUUGUUGGUAGUUUUUACUCACUCUUGUUGAGGGUUAAGGACAGAGGAUGUCACACAGUUAGUGGCCGUCUGUGGAAUCAGGUUAGAAUUUGUGGUGCUUCGGCUGCUCUGCUUUUAUUAAAAACUUUGGAUAUUAGCUCUUAAAGUGCUGAGCUUUUCUCAAUUACAAUAACACAAUUUAAAGAUUACAUUUUAGGAUAGUUUGAACUGUUUCACACGGUGAGGAUUUAUGCACUUGCUGGUUUUCAAUGUUCAUGGCUUAAUCAACAAGUGGAGCCAUCAACUGCUCCAUAUAAUUCAAUGUUUUAUCACUUCUGGGGCAUGGGCACAUAUGUUUUAGCGUCUCUGUGUGCACCAAAUGUGUAAAGAAAAUAAAAUAAUUUGUACAUUUAGUUUAUUUGCUGCACUUUACCUUUGAUUGUACAAUAAAACCACAACUGU